UGACGAACGUCGAGCCGUAGAGAGCAGGCCCGAGAAGGAGACCCCUUGGACGUUCGACGAGUCUGCUAAAACGCCACUCACAUCUCGUACCAAAGCCUGGCCUGAAGAGGGAUCAGUCCUUUUCCCUACGCGAACCGAGAUUGAUUUGGUGGAACUCCUUCCUUCAUGCCUUCCGAUUCCUUCUAGAGCUAUUUCUGGAACAUCACCGUACUAUUGCCGAGGAUUGCCCCGUCGCAUAAUAAUUUAGAUUGUGUGUCAUUCAUCAUAGUACAUGCCCUUGACCGAGUGUAAAACAACUUCUGAUUCCACCUAAUGACUAAAACCUAUUGUACAACAACUACUGAUCCAUCGGCUAGCCAGACCAUGAGUUUGAACUAUAACUAUAGAGGGGGACUGGUCCAUCUGCAGAAUUAUGUUUACGGCGAGUUCGAAGACACCGAGGAUUACAUCGACAGCUACAACCCAGCCACAGGUCAGGUAUGGGCUAAGGUGCCCGAUUCUCAUCAGGGCGAUGUCAAUAGGGCCGUGUAUUCGGCCAAGAGUGCCUUCAACCACUGGGCCGGUAUCGGGUAUGCCAAACGGGCCCAAUAUAUCAUGAAAGUUGCCAAAUUGUUAGAGAAGCGCAUGGAUGAGUUUGCCAAGGCAGAGUCCAGAGAUCAGGGCAAGCCCGUCGGUCUGGCCAAGACUAUGGACAUUCCUAGAGCCGUACUGAAUUUGCGAUCCUUUGCCGAGUCCUGGACGCACAUCCUCAACAGCUCCAACACCCUGAACGAGAUUGGCACUGUAAACUAUUCAUCCAGAUCGCCCUUGGGAGUGGCCGGACUCAUUGCCCCCUGGAACUUGCCGCUCUACCUGUUAACUUUCAAAUUGGCGCCAGCCCUCAUGGCUGGCAACACAGUGGUUUGCAAACCAUCCGAAAUGACCUCAGUCACGGCUUUCCUCCUCGCCCAAGUUUUCCACGAAGCAGGCGUCCCCCGAGGGGUAUUCAAUUUGGUUUGCGGUUACGGCCACUCAGCGGGCGAGUUCAUUGUUAGACACCCCGACGUUAGAAUGGUCUCUUUCACCGGAUCCACGGCUGUGGGGGCCAAAAUCGCCGCCAUCGCUGCCCCAAUGAUGAAGAAGAUGAGCCUUGAGUUGGGCGGGAAGAACGCAGCCAUCGUGUUCGGUGAUGCCAACCUUGAGAGGGCCAUUCCAACCUUGAUCAAAGCCUCAUUUCUGAACCAAGGAGAGAUCUGCCUUUGUACCUCACGCAUCUUCGUUCAUAGCUCCAUCUACGAGGAGUUUGUCGAGAAGUUCGUCAGAGCCACCAAGAGGAUCACCGUGGGCGACCCAGAUGAUCCCAACUCCUUCAUGGGAGCACUGAACAACCUAGGCCACCUGAAGAAAGUCAAAACCUACAUUGAAUUCGCCAAAGAGGACGGUGGUCAAAUCUUGUGUGGAGAGACAGUAACCACACUGAAUUUACCGCGGGAACUUCAAAAAGGCUACUAUUGUCAACCUACGGUGAUCACCCGAUUGCAAGACACCGCCAGAUGCAUGCAAGACGAAAUUUUCGGGCCAGUGACAUGUAUUGCUUGCUUCGAUGAGGAACACGAGGUGAUCGCAAGGGCCAACAAUGUAAAAUACGGCCUUUGCGCGUCAGUUUGGUCGGAAAAUCUGGGUACCAUUCACAGAGUGGCUAACAAAUUGGACGUGGGGACCGUUUGGGCCAACUGCUGGCUGGUUCGAUCCUUGGACAUGCCAUUCGGAGGAACCAAAGGCUCGGGUACUGGCCGAGAAGGCACUCAUCAUUCUUUGGAAGCUUACACCGAAGAAAAGACCAUUUGCUUGAAGAUAAACUGACAGAAGACAUUGUGAGAGGGACGAUUCACCACCCUCGAAAAAUUCCUAGAUCGGGCUGUUUUAGCGUCAAAAAUCUGGUCCAAACAACUCUUUGAAAAGAACUUACCUCUGUCUAUGAAUAUUUAGAGUCUACCUAAACGAAAACCAAGCUUGUCUGAAAACCUGACAACUAUUUUUUAACAGAGGGUGCAGAAUAAAAACAACUAUGGAAAAUAAAGAGAGACGAAUACUUAAA